CAGCUGCAAUGAUGUGGAUGGAAAUAGAGGUUAUUAUGUCAAAGGAAAUAAGCCAUGUACAGAAAGACAAACACUCCAUGUUUUCAAUUAUUUGUGGGAGCUAAAAAAAAAAAUUAAAACCACCCCAGUCACUGAGCCACUGCCGAGGACUCAGCAGCCUCCCCCUUGGGCCCCCUCGCUUCCCUACUUUCCGUACCCUCUGCCCGCCGCCUUCCGCAGACCAUUUCCACCGAGAAAAAGAAAUCGGAUCGUAUGUCCACUAUCCAGAACCUCCACUCUUUAAACUCCUUUGCUGAUGCAAGUAAGGGUGAUGACCUGCUUCCUGCUGGCACUGAGGAUUAUAUCCAUAUAAGAAUUCAACAGAGAAACGGCAGGAGGGCCCUUACUACUGUCCAAGGUAUCGCUGAUGAUUACACCAAAAAGAAACCAGUGAAGGCGUUUAAGAAGUUUGCCUGCAAUGGUACUGUAAUUGAGCAUCCAGAAUAUGGAGAAGUAAUUCAGCUACAGGGUGACAGGUGCAAGAACAUAUAUUAUGCCAGUUCCUCGUAGAGCUUGGACUGGCUAAGGACGAUCAGCUGAAGGUUCGUGGGGUUUAAAUGCUUGUGGCUCACUGUAGUUUAAGUGAGGAUUUCCUUGCAAUGAGUAGAAUUUCCCUUCUGUCCCUUGUCACAAGUUUAAAAACCUCACAGCUUGUAUAAUGUAACCAUUUGGGGUCUGCUUUUAACUUGGACUAGUGUAACUCCUUCAUGCAAUAAACUGAAAAGAGCCAUAAAAAAAAAAUGAAAACAA